AAGAGAUGGCCCAGUCUCCAGCACUGCGGACUGAGUAUUUGGUAACAGGGAUGAGGACCCCACCUGCCAGGAGGAACAGUAAGCUUGCAACACUGGGGAGGAUCUUCAAACCUUGGAAAUGGAGGAAAAAGAAAAGUGAAAAGCUAAAACAGUCCUCUGCAGGAAUUGUCUCCACUCCCAAGAAGAUCACCUCCCGGCAGACCCGUGAUGACAUCAUUAAGAAGGGAAUUUUAGAAAUUAUGGAAAAAGAUAUAGAAUUGGAAGACAUCACCUCCCCUCCCUCCAGGAUCAUGAAGAACUCCACUCCUGUCGGCUGCUCCCAUAUCUCAGGACACAGCAAUCUCUUCCAGACAUCCAGCCAGAAACCCCCAGAAAGUAGCAGUCAAGUUGUGAAGCAUUCCACCCCAACUGGAUCUCCUCAUCUGCCUGCCAUGCAUAUGCCUUUACCCCCCAGCCGAGUCAUUGAGGAGCUCCACCGGGCCCUCGCUACAAAACAUCGGCAAGACAGCUUUCAUAGUCGAGAAGUAAAAUCUUCUCCGAAGAAGAGGAUUGAUUUCCGAACAUCACGGCCCUCUAGUCUAGAUAAGGGCAGAGAAGGGGUCUCUAAUUUUAAUGGCGGCGACUUUGUGAAUAAAUGUGGCUCUGUGAAGGAAGCCGAGGAAAACAAAGAAAACUUGAUCAGGGAUUCCAGCCAUAAAGACGACAUGCUGUUAUAUGAAGAUGAGGACGAACUCAACAACUCAGUUAUAUCUGGAACUUUGCCAAGAAAAUACAAGAAGGAGCUGCUGGCAGUCAAACUGCGGAACCGGCCCAGCAAGCAGGAGCUAGAGGACAGGAACAUCUUCCCCCAGAGAACCGAUGAGGAGAGGCAACAAAUACGACAGCAAAUCGAAAUCAAACUUUCAAAGCGACUGAGCCAAAGACCAGCUGUAGAAGAACUGGAGAGAAGGAAUAUACUGAAGCAAAGAAACGAUCAGAUAGAACAAGAAGAAAGAAGAGAAAUCAAACAAAGGUUAACCAGAAAGCUCAAUCAGCGGCCGACAGUAGAUGAACUGAGAGAGAGAAAAAUUCUGAUACGAUUUAGUGACUAUGUGGAGGUGGCAAAAGCUCAGGAUUAUGAUAGGCGAGCAGACAAGCCCUGGACGAGAUUAUCUGCAGCAGACAAGGCUGCCAUUCGAAAAGAACUUAAUGAAUAUAAAAGCAAUGAGAUGGAAGUGCACGUCUCAAGCAAACACUUGACCAGGUAUCACAGACCGUAAACACUUUCAUGCUGGAAGUAUGGUAUUACUUUGCAGUUAACCACUGAACAUGUUCCACGAGGAGCAAUGGCGUUCAGUUGUGAAGUUGGGCGCUUGGCGCUCUGCUAUUUACGCGGAGAGCGGUUGUGGGCGAUAUGGAGGGAUUGUCUGCUACCCUUCCCAACGCUGGAUGGAAUCGCAAUGCGUUCACCGAACAUAUCUGGGGACUGAUCAGCCCCUAAUGUGGAGAGAAUCUAGCUCAAGGAUACACACGCAAAACACAGUGGGUGUCGCUGAAAGACACUGGAAGGAAACUUGUAUGAAGCUGUAUAUUGCAGCGAGACGCUGUGCAUGGCGACAUCAUCAUAGACAUGCGGCCAGCGCAUCUUUCAGUAUUACAUUGACAUGUCAGCCUGAUCACACUUUCUUUGUAAAGUUCAUGCCUCGACAAAAUAUUUUCAUGUUUUCUAUUUUGUUUCCUAUUUUUAAGAUGUUACA